AUUAGUUGAUUCUAUACCAGAAUGUCUUUUAAAAUUCAAAAAGCAGAACUCCACGAAUCUUCUGACCAAUAUAUCCAAAUGCAACAGCUGCUACCAAUGGGAUUGGCAGGAGAAAAUGAAGGAUACAGUAUGUCGGAUAAUUUAAGCUCCAUUAUUCCGUAUGCUACUUUAAGAAUGCGUAACGUUCGUUUACCUCACGAAGAAUGUGCCAAUGCUAUUGCCAAUCAUCUACGAUCAAGCGAUAAGUUUAUGCACGAUGAUCCUGAGACGGAGCAGUUUAGGAUGGAGACGGUGAGAACAAUACCGCAGUGCCUCACUGUGAAAAGAGCUAUCAGGUCACAGCUACAGGCGACUGUUAAUCGGAAGGCGAUAAGAAAAUCGAUUGGUUGUUGGAAACUGUUUAAAUAUAAUAUCAGCUUAAAGUUUGCAAAGAUUCGGGUGGCAAUGCAGAACUUUUUAUCGGCAACGAAAUUGUGGCACCGAACGAUAAAAACCAUCGAAAGUCACUAUGGAAGCGGUACAGCGACGUAUUUUAAAUUCUUGAGAUGGUUAUUCUUUCUCAACAUAAUUUCUUACAUUUUGAGCGUAUCUUUUAUUGUGAUUCCACAGUCCAUGGAUCAGACGCAUGUGCCUAACAAUAUUGAAGUAUUGGAUUUUUUAACAGGCAGUGGCUUUUUAUCACGCACAAUAAUGUAUUAUGGUUUUUAUUCCAAUGGCACAGUAGACACACCAUUUGGAACCAAAUAUAGCAUUCCAUUCGCCUAUUUCCUAACGCUACUUUUUUGCUAUAUAGUUACAUUUGUUAUACUGUCUCUCAAAGUUAUAUCCUCUUAUCGAAAGUCUUACGUCGAAACACGUGGAAAAGUGCACAAUUUAUAUAGCGACAAAAUAUUUUGCGGAUGGGACUUCAGCGUAUCUUCACCAAAGACUGCUGCUUUACAAUCAGCAUCGAUUUAUAAAGAAUUGGAAGAGCUGUUAGCGGAAACGAGGCAUCAUAUACGUUUGCAUUGGUUUGACAAAUGUUUGUUAACGAUAACGCAACUUGCCGUAACGUCCGUUGUUAUAUUUAUGAUUUGCGGUGUUGGUGCACUCGUUUGGAUCCUAUUAAGUCAUUACAAUAUAGAAGUGCCCGGAACUAUCUCGGUUAUGAUUGUACCAACAGUCAUUACUACCAUCAUUCACAUCUUCCCAGCGAUUAUCUCCUACCUAGCAUCGUUAGAACACUACAACAACAAACGCACGGAACUUUAUGUGACAGUUGUCAGAAAUUACGUGGUUGCCGCGACGAUAAUCGGCACUUUAAUCGCCUUCUGGAUAAUCAACAGUACAUCGCACUGUUGGCAAACGCACUUGGGGGAAGAAAUCUAUCGGCUUGUCAUAUUGGAUUUUAUCGCUUCGCUAUUUGGGACGUGUUUGCAUCUUGCACGUUCCAAGCUUUAUAAAAAAUUAUCGACGAAAGUCUGCAGACCGGAAUUCGAUAUCGCUCGCAAUACAUUAAAUCUUAUAUACAAUCAGACGCUCUUUUGGAUAGGAUUUUAUUUCAGUCCGCUGAUGUCCGUUAUGAUCGUGAUAAAAUUAAUUUUCAUAUUUUACGUGAAGAGGUACGAGCUGAAAAGAUACUACCAGCGGCCGUCACGGCCUUGGCGUGCGGCACAAACGCAAACGCUGUUCUUGGCUCUUGCGUUUCUCAGCAUUAUCAUCGUGCUGUUCACGAUAGGAUACGUCAUCACAAACGUGAAGAGUGACGAAUGCGGACCGUUCAGAAAUCAUCCUCACACUUGGGAUUUUAUUGUCGACGGAAUGUUAUCGUUGAAAAGAGAUAGCCCGUUCUGGAACGUUGUUUCAAAGCUUGCGAGGCCAGUAACCGGCGCUGUAAUAUUGGUUGGCAUGUGUAUCGCGGUGUAUUGUCUACGGGCAGAAACGAAAGCGAGUGAGGAAAUGUUACGAAUUUUGUCCGACAUGCUUCUUCUGCAGUCUCAAGAUAAGCAGUUUCUGUUAAAAACUUUCGGUAAAUGUGCUAACAAACGUGCGCCUGUUCCUAACGAGAUUAAUCUUUCCCAGGAUGUUGGGCUUGCCGAGGAAAAUCAUGGAAAUGAAGAAGUUUUACUUUCUCGCCGACGUAACUUACCGUCGACUAGUUUCGAAGAAAGAUGAUUGUAAAUGAAGAUGAAAGUUAAUAAUAUGCACUAGUUGACAAUUUGAUGACAAACUGCCAAAGCAUGUAUUAGAAAGGUUUAUUUUCGUACAGUUAUAUUUACACUUAAAUCUCAUCUGAGAAUAUUGCUUCUACGAUUGCCUAAAUCUGAACAUUCAAAACUGUCGUAUAUGAUAAAAUAAGAACAUAUUUUUAAUACAAUAAGUAUUUUAUAUGAUAUAUACAAGUAAUAAUUAUUUAUGUAAGUAGAUAUUUGCGGAAGAU